AUGGAAUCUCUAAACGAAUUAAGAGAUCAAGAAAGAUUGCAGUUGCUAACCAUACUAAAAAAAUACAAUGGAAGAAAAUCUUUAUUUUUUGAAAAUUCACUUCAUAUUAUUAUUAAUUUAUUACUAACAGAACAAGAUAUAAAAAAUGAAAAAAUUGAUAAUGUUUUUUUUUACAUGACCGAUGAAAUAAAUCCAAUAUCCAACAAAGCAAAUAUAUCAAAUAAUAUUAUAUUUUUUUUACGUCCACAUUUUUAUGAAAUCGAACAAGUAUUUAAAAUAAUUGAAAAUAUAGAAAAAAUCAAAACAACCAAUAAAAACUAUCUAUUUAUUUUUAUCCCUUAUAUGACACAUAUGUGUGAGCAAGAAAUUUAUAAACAUAAUGUUUUAGAACUUACUAUCAAAAUUAUUAUCUAUCCUUUAUAUUUUUUCCCUUUAUAUAAUGAUGUAUUUAGUUUAGAAAUUAAAAACCUUUUUAAAGAUUAUUAUGUAGAUAAUGAUUUUAGUAAUCUUAUCUUUUGCUCAUAUGCUUUAAUGUUUCUUCAAUAUAUUUUCAAUGGAGUAUUUAGAAAUAUUAAAUCCCUAGGACAUGCUUCCCAUUUUAUUUCUGAACAAUUAAUGCAAUUAAGAAAAGAAAUUGUUGCUAAUAAUUUUAAUAUACAAACUCCCAAUGAUUCCCAAGAUAAUUUAUUACAACUUUUAACUAAUAUUCAAAGUUUACAAGACUUAACAAGUCUCAAAAAUUCAAAAGAACCUUCUGUUGUACCUAUCAAAUAUGCUUUACAUAAAUUUUUUAUAUCCGAAAAUGUUAAAAAAAAAAAAAAAAAAAAACGAUCAUCUCACACUAGCAAUAAUAGUUACACAUAUCAUGAUCAUAAUGAAAAAAAUGAUAUUAAAAAAUAUGGAACACCAAAAAAUUAUUCAUCUGAUGAAGAUGAUAACUCAAUUUUAGAUACCAAUGAAUCACCUAGUGACCUUAGCAGCACAAAUAUGGAUAAUCAAAAUGACAAUUCCAAUUUUACAUCUAAUUUAGAAAAUUCAGAACCCAUUCAAUGCAUUAACCGAAACGAAGAAGAUGAUCCUCAUAUUAUUCCACAAAUGGCUGAUAAAAAAUAUCGAAAUAAACUUACCUCAAAUAUAUCCACAUAUAAAAGAGAACAUAUAGAAAAUAAUCAUUUUUCAAAUACACGUGAAACAACAAAUCCAAAUAACAAUUGUAUAAAAAUUGAAAACAAAAAAGAUAGCGAUAAUGAACAAGCUAGUGAUGAUGCUUUGAAUUUUCGAAGAAGCCAAAGUGCAUUAAACUAUUCUAAUAAAGGAUUCGAAAAAGAUACAAAACAAUCUGACAACUUCAAAGAAAUUAAAACAAACAAGUCUACUAACACUCUUGAUAAAAAUACAAAUAAUUAUUCUAAUCCUAUAAAUGACGAUUUUGAUUUUGAUGAUAUGAGUAAAUAUCAUUCACAAAGAAUUUUAAAUUUUGAAACUGAUGAAAGUAGUGAUAAUUCAAAUGAUGUACAUCAAGAACCUGAUAAAGUAAAUUCAGAAAAUUAUAACAAUAAUGAAAAUAUAAAAGAAAUAAAAAAUACUUAUCAACAAAAUUCUAAAAUUAUGAGCAAGGAAGAACAUAUAAAUAAUAGUGAUAACAAUAGUACCAAUAAAAAUAAUGUCGAUUCAAAUAAAAUUAAUCAAACAUUUUCAGAUGAAUCAGAUCAUAAUAUUAAUGGAAAUAAUUUUAGGGAAGACAAUAAAAAUUGUUCUAAUAAUAUUGAUAAUAAAGUUGUAAAAAAAAAAGUAAACAAACUGAAAAAUCAACAUGAUAAAGAUAGACAAAAUAAUUCAGACAAUGAUCAAAAACAUGAUUAUUCACAAAAAAAUAAAAUGCGAAAUCCAAAAAAAACAAAAAAAAAAAUUAAUAAAAAAAUUGCUUAUGGAACAGGUAUACCUAAUUUCAUGACCGAGUUUGAUAAUAGUAAAUUCCUUAUGAAUAAAAAAGAUAAAGAAGAAACAGAAAAACAAGAAAAAAAAGAAAAAAACUAUUUAUUAGAAAAAAUUGGAAUAAAUAGCUUUCUAUUUUUAUUAAAUGCAUGUACAAAAGUAGAUUCAUGUAUCAUUAUCGAUCGAAGAAUUGAUAUGGUCACUCCCUUUUGUACCCCUUUCACUUAUGAAGGUCUAAUUGAUCAUAUAUUUUGUAUUGAAAAUUUACAAAUAGAGAUACCAAGAUAUAUCAUAUUUAAUGAAGGUGCAAACAAAACAGAUCCAGAAAAUUCAAAAAAUAAAACCCAUAAAGGAUAUACAUCUAACGAUCUAAACAAUAAAAAAAUUAGAGUCAAAUUAAAUAGUUCAAUAGAUGUAUUAUACAAUGAUAUAAAAGAUUUAAAUCAAAAUGAAGUAGGGGUAUUUUUACACAAAAAAGCUAGUGAUAUACAACAAACUUAUAAAGAAAAAGAUUCAUUAAAAGAUAUAGGACAAAUAAAUAAAUUUAUGGUCAAAUUUAAAGAAAAACAUUAUGAACAUAAUUCUUUAUCUAGACAUGUAAAUAUUGCAUCAUAUAUUUUAAACGAAAUAAAAACAGAACAUACUUUUAAUAAAUUAAAAUUAGAAGAUGAAAUUAUUCAAUUAAAUACUAAUACAAAUAAAACUAUCUUAUCAAAUAUUGUAAAACAAAUACAAACAUUAAUAUAUACUGGAGAAAACGUAUAUGAAAUUUAUAGAUUAGUAUCUCUCUUCUCUGUCAUAACUAAUGGAUUUAAUGAUACUUACAUUAAUGAAUUAAAAAAAGAUAUUAUUGAACAAUAUGGUAUAAAUGAAUUAACCAGAUUAAAUAAGUUACAUAUUUCUAAUAUUGUAAGAUAUCAACCUAGACAAAAAUUUAUAUGGAAUACUUUAAAAAACCAUUUUAAUCUUUUAUCAAGUGAUGAAAAUGAUAUAUCCUAUGUAUGUAAUGGCUAUGCCCCUUUAUCAACUCGAUUAAUUGAGUAUAUUGGUGUUUUUAAAAAUAAUAUGCAAGUUUUCCCUGAAGUUUUUAGUCUUAUAAAUGGUCCAACUUUUGAUAUAAUACAAAAUGCUGUAGGAUAUGAACAUGUUCAGGUAAAUAACAAUGAUGACCCUGCUGAAUCUAGCCAUAUGAGCAUUGAAAGUUCUACUGAAUCAUAUAGCGGCACCUCUAGUGAUACCCCUAGCAAUAUUACCAAACCCACUAAUCCAAAAAGUCAUACCGAUACAGACGAUACUAGUAGUUCUGAAGUUACCAUAUCAAAUCACAGUAGUGACAAAGAUAGUAUACAAAGUAAUACUAGUAAACAAAAUUACGAUAUUAUUUCCAAAAAAAAUAAAAAAUUUGUUAUCCUUUUUUAUGUUGGUGGUAUUUCAUAUGCUGAAAUUGCAUCCAUUAGGAAAUUAAAUCAGACUAACGAAAAUUAUAAUUAUUUAAUUUUUACAACUGAAAUUAUUAGUUCAAAAAGGAUAAUCGACUCAAUGGCCAAUUAG